AUGCAGCGGCGCCACACCACCCUGCGGGACAAGGGCCGGCGUCAGGCCGUGCGCGGGCCGGCCUACAUGUUCAACGAGCGCGGCACCAGCCUGACGGCGGAGGAGGAGCGCUUCCUGGAGGCGGCCGAGUACGGCAACAUCCCCGUGGUGCGCAAGAUGCUCGACGAGUCCAAGACGCUCAACUUCAACUGCGUGGACUACAUGGGCCAGAAUGCACUGCAGCUGGCCGUGGGCAACGAGCACCUGGAGGUGACCGAGCUGCUGCUGAAGAAGGAGGGGCUGGCGCGCAUCGGCGACGCCCUCCUGCUGGCCAUCAGCAAGGGCUACGUGCGCAUCGUGGAGGCCAUCUUGGCGCACCCGGUGUUCGCCGGCGGCCUGCGGCUCACGCUGAGCCCGCUGGAGCAGGAGCUGCGCGACGACGACUUCUACGCGUACGACGAGGACGGCACGCGCUUCUCGCACGACAUCACGCCGGUCAUCCUGUCGGCGCACUGCCAGGAGUACGAGAUCGUGCACACGCUGCUGCUCAAGGGCGCGCGCAUCGAGCGGCCGCACGACUACUUCUGCAAGUGCGGCGAGUGCGCCGACAAGCAGCGCCGCGACGCCUUCAGCCACUCGCGCUCGCGCAUGAACGCCUACAAGGGGCUGGCCAGCGCCGCCUACCUGGCCCUGUCCAGCGAGGACCCCGUGCUCACCGCCCUGGAGCUCAGCAACGAGCUCGCACGCCUCGCCAACAUCGAGACCGAGUUCAAGAAUGAGUACCGUAAGCUGUCCAUGCAGUGCAAGGACUUUGUGGUGGGGGUGCUGGACCUAUGCCGGGACACGGAGGAGGUGGAAGCCAUCUUGAAUGGAGACGUGGACCAGGUGCCGCCCAGCGACCACCAGAGGCCCUGCCUGAGCCGCGUCAAACUGGCCAUCAAGUACGAGGUCAAGAAGUUUGUGGCCCACCCUAACUGCCAGCAGCAGUUGCUGACCAUCUGGUAUGAAAACCUGUCGGGUCUGCGGCAGCAGUCGGUGGGGGUCAAGUGCUGGACUGUGCUGGGAGUCACCGUGGGCCUGCCGUUCCUCGCCAUCGCAUACUGGAUCAUGCCCUGCAGCAAGGUGGGUCAGAUCCUUCGCAGUCCCUUCAUGAAGUUUGUCGCGCACGCCGUCUCCUUCACCAUCUUCUUGUUCCUGCUGGUUCUGAACGCGUCCGACCGCUUCGAGGGGGUCAAGAACCUGCCCAACGAGACCAUCACGGACCACCCGCGGCAGGUGUUCCGUGUCAAGACCACCCAGUUCUCCUGGACGGAGCUCCUCAUCAUGAAGUGGGUGCUGGGAAUGAUCUGGUCCGAGUGCAAGGAGAUCUGGACCGACGGGCCCCGGGAGUACGUCAUGCACCUGUGGAACGUCCUGGACUUCGGCAUGCUGUCCAUCUUCGCGGCCUCGUUCACGGCGCGCUUCAUGGCCUUCCUCAAGGCGUCCAAAGCCCAGCUGUACGUGGACCUGCACGUGCCCAACGCCGACCUCUGCAACGCCUCACUUCCUGCUGAAGUCGCCUACUUCACCUACGCCAGAAACAAGUGGCGGCCGUCGGAUCCUCAGAUCAUCUCUGAGGGCCUCUACGCCAUUGCCGUGGUGCUAAGUUUCUCGCGCAUCGCCUACAUCCUCCCGGCCAACGAGAGCUUCGGGCCGCUGCAGAUCUCGCUGGGCCGCACGGUCAAGGACAUCUUCAAGUUCAUGGUCAUCUUCAUCAUGGUGUUUGUGGCCUUCAUGAUUGGCAUGUUCAACCUGUACUCCUACUACCUGGGGGCCAAGUACAACCCUGCCUUCACCACGGUGGAGGAGAGCUUUAAGACCCUCUUCUGGUCCAUCUUCGGUCUGUCCGAGGUGAUCUCCGUGGUGCUGAAGUACGACCACAAGUUCAUUGAGAACAUCGGCUACGUGCUGUACGGGGUGUACAACGUCACCAUGGUGGUGGUGCUGCUCAACAUGCUCAUCGCCAUGAUCAACAACUCCUACCAGGAGAUCGAGGAGGAUGCUGAUGUGGAGUGGAAGUUUGCCCGUGCCAAGCUUUGGCUCUCCUACUUUGACGAGGGCCGCACCCUCCCCGCCCCCUUUAACAUGGUGCCCAGCCCCAAGUCCUUCUACUACCUGGCGCUCCGCACCAAAGCCUGCCUCGUGCGCCUCUGCAAGGCCAAAGGUCAUCGCCAUGACGGCGAGCUGGAGAUGGGCAUGCUCAACUCACGCGCAAAGCCGGAGCGCCACCGAGCGUACCCGCGCACACGGGAGGAGUACACCGUCAAGAAGCCCAUCAAGAACCCAACCCGCUAUCAGAAAAUCAUGAAGCGCCUCAUUAAGCGUUAUGUUCUGAAAGCUCAGGUAGACAGGGAGAAUGAUGAAGUCAAUGAAGGCGAGCUGAAGGAGAUCAAGCAGGACAUCUCCAGCCUGCGCUACGAGCUCCUGGAGGAGAAGUCUCAGGCCACGGGCGAACUGGCCGACCUGAUCCAACAACUCAGUGACAAGUUUGGCAAGAACACUAAGAAGCCCUGAGACGGAGAGGUGGAGGAAGACAGAGAGAGAGAGAGAGAGAGAGAGAGAGAGAGAGAGAGAGAGAGAAAGAGAGAGGAGACAGAGCCGUGGGUGGAGGGGGGAGAAGACAGACAAAGAAGAAAGAAACAGACAGUAGAAGAAACAAAGAAUGGAGAGAUGAAUAAGAAUCCAAAGAGAGAGAGAGAAAGAGAGAGAGAAAGCAGAGAAAGCGAGUGUGGGUAAACAUAGAUAAAGAGGCACUGGGGAAGACGGAAA